AGUUCCAUACCUGGUGAUCGUACAAUAUAGAUCUGCAUCAAGUUCUACAUCUACUACACAGUGUCCUACAUCUCCAACACAGUGUCCAACAUCCUCAACAAUGCAGUGAUCGCAUAAAUCAUGUAGAAGCGCACCAAGGACAAACCAGCCCGUGUAGUUGAUCCCGGUCGGUCGCCAGGGGGUGGCGCGAGGAAGCUGAAAACGGCCAACGAUGAUGAUGUGGUGGCCGACGCGACGUCGAUGACGCUCCGUGGCGUGGUCGUCGUGGUCACGGCGCUGUUCGAAAAAUCAAAAAUAGCCGGUGUGCCAGUCAGUGCGGCGAUGUCGACGGCGAACGACGUUUCGACGGUACGGUUCGGCCGGUGGUGGUGGUGCUGGCGGAGACGAAGGAGGAGUACCUGCGGACCAACGAUGCCGACAGGAUACGCGAAGACGAUCGUCCUUCUGGGUGUAUUCGCGGUGUUAUGCGCCCUCCUGGGCACCGUGGACGCUGCCUCGAAGACGAAAGGAGACGAGCCCCGAGGCAAGGGCCACAAGGAGUCCGAGCCUGUCAUCGAGGAAGUCAACGCCAAACAGCUCGAACGGAUCCUCAACGAGAAGGACUUUGUUGCCGUGUACUGGUAUGCGAGAAGUUGUAUAACAUGCGACAAAGUAUUGGCCGAACUGGAGAAGAUCGACGACGACACGGAUCAUUUCGGUGUCGACUUCGUGAAGAUCAACGACAAACGACUGGCCAAGCAAUAUGGCAUCAGAACCUUCCCAGCCCUCACGUAUUUCCGUGAGAAAGAACCGAUCAUAUACGAAGGAGACCUGAUGGACGAGGAAAAUGUCCUGGACUUCUUGACGAGUCUAGAAGCGAUGGAUCUUCCGGAUCGUAUCGAAGAAGUGAACUCGAAGAUCCUGGAAAAAAUUGUCGAGGAUACGGAGUUCGUUGCUGUCCUUUUCUGUCCGGACACUCAACGGUGUGCUGGUGCCGGUUCUAACAAGCCUGACUGCAAAAAGUGUCUGAAGGCCCUUCAGGAAUUGGAGAACAUCGACGACGAAGCCGACCAACUAGGUAUCGGCUUCGUGAAAAUCGCGGACGAGGAGCUUGCCGAUGAGUAUAAUCUAGGCCCACUUCCGGUUCUGGUCUACUAUAGGCACCAGAUUCCUAUAAUUUAUGAGCAUGAACUAAACAGAGAAGAGGACGUCCUAGAAUGGCUAGUAGCGAACAAAAGCACAGGAGACGAAGAAGACGUGAUCGAGGACGUCACCGCGAAAACCUUGCAGACCCUCAUCGGAAACAUCGAUAACCUGGUCGUUCUUUUCUACGACCACGGUGACGAGGAUUCGAUGCAGGCGCUGACCGAGCUGGAGAAAAUCGACGACGACUGCGACAGGCACGGAAUACAGUUCGUUAAAAUCGACGACGAGAAGGCGGCCAAGGAUUUCGGAAUCGAUUCUGUGCCUGCGAUCGUUUAUUUCGAAAAGCAAAUACCUAAUGUUUACGAUGGUGACCUUGAAAACGAGGAGGAAAUUCUGGAAUGGCUGCUGUCGCAGUUGGAGAAGGACGAAAUCGAGGACAUCACCGACGAAAUGUUGGAUAAAUUGAUUAAGGAUGGGAAGACCCUUGCCGUGCUGUUUUACGACAACAACGAUCGGAAGUCCCAGAAGAUUCUCAACGAACUGGAGAACAUCGACGACGAGUGCGAUCAAAUGGGAGUGACCUUCGUGAAGAUCGACAACCCGGAGGAAGCGAAGGAGUACGGCAUCGAGAAGUUACCCACCAUGUUGUACUUCGAGAAUGGAAUACCAACGUUGUACGAGGGGAAUCUGGAAGACGAAGACAAGGUUCUGAAGUGGUUGGAAAUGCAACAGAAGAGCGAUCAUAUAGAGGACAUCACCGACGAAGUGCUAGAUAUGAUCAUUGAGAAGAUGCCACAUGUAGCUGUCCUCUUUUACGACAAGGAUCAGAAGAAGAGUCAGAAGGUCCUCGGCGAACUGGAGAACAUCGACGACGACUGUGAUCAGCACAACAUAGCAUUCGUGAAGAUCCAUGACCUUGAUGAGGCGAAGGAGUAUGGCAUCGAGCAAUUACCGACACUGGUACUCUUCGAGAGAAGGAUACCACAUGUUUACGAAGGCGAUCUGAUGAACGAGGAUCAGCUGCUGGGUUGGCUCCUGCAUCAGAAGAAGCACACAGAGAUACCGGAAGUGACAGACGAGAUGAUGGAGAAGCUGAUAGAAACGUCACCAUACUUGGCAGUCCUGUUUUACGACAAGGAUGACAAGCAGGACAUACGCAUCCUGAACGAGUUAGAGAACAUCGAUGACGAGUUGGAGAAGGAAGGUAUCGUCAUCAUACGAAUGGACAACGAUGCAGAGGCGAAGGAGUACGGUAUCGAUCAUCUGCCCACUUUGGUCUAUUUCGAGAACAAGAUUCCGGCUAUAUACGAAGGGGAUCUGUUGAACGAGGACGAGGUUCUUGAAUGGCUCAUCGAACAGAAGAACACUGCCACCAUUGAAGAGGUCACUGAUGAAAUUUUGACCGAUCUUAUCGAGGAGCACGAAUACGUCGUUGCAUUCUUUAGUGGAGAUUGCGACGACGGAGACGAGUGCGACAACGUCCUACAAGAACUCGAGAACAUUGAUGAUGAACUAGACGAGACAGGAAUCAUCUUCGUGACCACAGAGGACACUGCCUUUGCGAAGAAACAAGGAAUCAAGACGUUCCCUACACUGGCCUUCUUCAGGAACAAGGAACCGUUGAUUUUCAAAGGGGACAUCGAGGAUGAGGACGAGGUGCUUUCUUGGAUCACCGAUGAGAACACCCUUGAGAUUCCUGGGAAGAUCGAGGAAGUGAAUGCGAAGAUGUUGGAGAACAUUCUUGAAGAAAAUGACUAUAUUGUUGUGUUCUUCUACAAGGAAGGAGACAAGAAAAGCCAAAAGAUCCUUCAAGAACUCGAAAACAUCGACGACGAAUGCGAAGAGAAAGACAUCGACUUCGUGAAAAUUUCCGACGAAGGAAUCGAGAAAGAAUACGAUCUGCCUGGUUUACCAGCAUUGGCAUUCUACAGACACAAGUUCCGUCAAGUCUACAACGGCGAUAUGAUGCACGAGGAAGCCAUUUUGGAAUGGAUCCUGGAGCUGCGUACUCAAACACCGGACGUUAUCGAGAAUGUAGAUAGGAAGACUCUGCAAGUGCUGAUUAAUGAUGUCGAGCAUCUUGCUGUAUUCUUUUACGACGAUAAAUGCGAAUCGUGCCCGGAAAUCCUGGAAGAACUAGAAACAAUAGACGACGACACCGACAAACACGGUAUACAGUUCGUUAAAUCGAACGACGCGAAAUUGGCCGCUGAAAUCGGUGUAUUUUCAUUUCCGGCGCUCGUAUAUUACGAGACUGGAGUGCCCAUCAUGUAUGACGGUAAUCUACUCGACGAGAGCGAAGUUCUCGAUUGGAUGGUGAAGCAGAAGACGGACGAGAGUAUCGAAGAGAUCGAUCGUGACACCUUGACCAAGUAUAUCGAGACGAAAGAAUUCCUGGCUGUCAUUUUCUACAAGGAGGAGGAUCCGGAGAGUCCUCGAGUGCUCAGGCACGUCGAGCUGAUCGACGACGAGGCUGCUGAGUACGGUAUAAAGAUUGUCAGGAUGAAGGAUCGUUUGAUGGCCAAAAAGUACGGUUUCCGUAAUCCACCUGGUAUCACCUACUUCCGAAAAGGGAAGAACAUCAACUAUGACGGAGAUAUCGAUGAUGAGGAAGAGAUACUCGAUUGGUUGACCAACCCUGAGAACAUGGAGCUGACUGAUCAUAUUGAGCGGAUCAAUAAGAAGAUGUUCCAUAAGAUACGACAGACUACGGAUUACUUGGCUGUGUUCUUCUACAGCAACGACUGCAAACAGUGUGGCAGGGUUCUGGCAGAGAUCGAGCACAUCGACGACGAGGCUGACAAUGCUGGAAUCAAGUUCGUGAAGAUCGACGAUAAACAGCUGGCCAAACACUAUGGUGUCUUCGCUCUGCCCGCCAUUUUGUUCUUCAAGAUGUCCUCUAAAGAACCAGUCAUUUAUGCAGGUGACCUAUACGACGAGGAGCAGAUUCUCCAGUGGUUAAUGACGCAAAAGGAUCCUUCCGGUGAGGUAAUCGAGGAUUUGGAGGGAGAGGAUCUCCUGAAUUUGAUAAGAGAGUCCGACUCAUUGGCGGUGUACUUCUGGAACAGAACGCUUUGUGACUUGUGUCAGGCAAAAUAUCAACGCAAGCAGACUCGCCACAGGGAACGCAGGAUCCUCGUCGAACACGAAGCAACCGAAGAACUCGAUGAUUCCGUCGACUGUGAACAAUGCAUGGGGAUUUUGGAGGAACUCGAGAACAUUGAUGAUGACUGCGAUAGACAUGGUAUCACUUUUGUUAAAACACAGGAUUACAAGGUUGCAGAGGAUUAUGGGGUUACGGAAUUCCCUGUGCUGGUGUAUUUUGAGAAUCAAAUACCCAACGUGUUCGAAGGUGACUUGGCGGUAGAGGAAGAGGUUCUGCAAUGGCUGAUCACCCAGAAGACGGAGGAUCGAAUCGAAUUGAUCACUAGAAUGAUGUUGGAAACAUCCGUCGAGGAAACUCAAUACCUUGCAGUUUACUUUUAUAAGCAAAACUGUCACAUAUGCGACGAGAUAUUGGAAGGAUUAGAAAGGAUCGACGACGAGUGCGACGUGUUUGGCAUCCACCUGGUAAAAAUCCAAGAUCCUCAGCUAGCCAAACGGUACUCGAUCAAAACGUACCCUGCGCUGGUUUAUUUUAGAAACGGCAAUCCUCUUUUGUUCGAAGGUGACCUACAAAAUGAAGAAUCGGUGCUCGAGUGGUUAAUCGACGAUGACAAUCGAGAGCUCGCCGAUGAAAUCGAAUCUGUUAACGACAGGAUGCUGGAGAGACUUCUUGACGAAUCUCCAUUCCUCGCUGUCUUCUUUUAUGACGAAGACUGUCCCGAGUGCGACGAGAUCAUGGAGGCCCUAGAAAAAAUCGACGGCGAAGCCGACUUAUUCGGUAUCGACUUCGUGAAGAUCUUCAGUCCAGAGGUCGCAGAAAAAUACGGAAUCCUAAACGUUCCUUCGCUCGUUUAUUUCCGUAAAAAGACCCCGCUGAUCUACGACGGCGACCUAACUCAAGAGGACAAGAUUCUCCAAUGGCUAACUUCUCAAGAUGUCUUCGAGAUCAAGAACGAAAUCGAGGAAGUGAACAAAAAGAUGUUGGACAAGUUGCUGGACGAAAACGAGUUCCUUGCUGUCUUCUUCUAUGAACACGACAGCAAAGAGAGCGAAGAAGUGAACGAGAAGUUGGAGAACAUCGACGGAGAAACGGACAAUCUGGACAUCACGUUCGUCAAGAUGGCGGACCCGAGAUACGCCAGGAAAUGGGGAGUCACCAAACUUCCCGCCAUUGUUUAUUUCCGCAAGAGAUUCCCCAGUAUUUAUCGAGGUGAUCUACACAAAGAACAGGACGUUCUGGAGUGGCUGCGCAAGAACAGGUACCGUCAGCCGGAACUGAACAUCUACAUGUACAUGCUGAUCGCCAUAACCGUCCUGUUCGCCAUGUACACCGGUUUCCUGUUGUCGUGUUUCCGUUCGGAGCCAGCCGCACCCGCGCCGCAUCCGAAGCAAGCGUGAAAACUCGUGUGAAAGAGAGCCGGGAAAUGCAAGAUGAAAUAGAGAAGAUGAGAGAGCGAAAGAGUAAACGGACUGUUGUUGAGUGAAUGUACGUUGUUGUUGUUGCUCCGACUCGCUUUAUGUAAGAUUAACGAGGGUCGUUCGUCAGGAACGAUUGCGACCCGAAUCGAGGGCUCGACGAGGACAACGACGAAACCGGUCGAUCGACCGUUUCUCUUAGCCAACGAACAAGGAUUUUUUGCGUCGAGAAUACUGAUUUGAUAUCGUCCGUGAAUUCCGUGAGCGCGCGCUAUGUUUUGCUAACGUGGACCAAAUCCGUCGAGUUUCUUUUUUUUUUUUUUCUUCUAGAAAGCUUUAGACCUCUGUCAAGAUGGCGCGAACGACUUAAGGGGUUGCGAGACACAAAUGAUAUUGCUCCAAGUAUUCCAGACGAAUUGUUAGUGUUCAUAAGUAUGUGUAAAAUAUAUUGCUACACGUUUGCUGUACUGUCACGUUUAUGGAAAUUAUGUAUCGUGGCACUUUCUUUCUUUUUUUCGUUUAAUUGUGUCGCUUUGUAACGAUAGGGUGUAUUGUAUAUUCCGACCAUUUUUCUAUUGAGCUGAUUAUUUGCGAACACGUGGAAUUUCUUGCGUUUUUAGGGUGAAAAUUGAUAUACGUUAUUAUUUGCUAUUUAUGGAUUGUUGCUAGACGACGAUUGUCGAUAAUUAAUCACGAUAUCUGUUACGACGUUUCACUGGCGUAACUACUUUUGACAGCGGUCUUAUUUUAGCCAUGGAAUCACCGUUGGUCCACGCGCAUUACGUUCAUCACGAGGGUGAUUGUCGUUUUAUUCGGAGACUUUAACUGAAAUACAAAAUACAAAAUUAUACAUAUUUUUAUAACAAUAUCCUUCGUAACAACUAGCGUCAAAAGUAUAGACUUUCUACUUGUACUUCAUAGAUGUCUGAUAAAAAAUAUUCUAAAAUAAAUUUUCCUAAAUUGAGUUUACGUAUUUUUAGAGCUUUUAUUUUAAUUCUUGCGAAGAUAUUUUGUACUUCGAUUUGAGUCUCUGAUGUAAUUAGCGAUCUGCGUGUCUUUUCGGGCGAAAAUAAUCACGACGAUUCAAUCGUCACCGACUUCCGCUGAACAAACGAGAAGGUGUAUACGAAACGAUUAAUAUACUUGCCUAUUGAUAUUGUCAGAAAGGCUUAACGAUGUCAACGUAAUCAGGAGGAAUAAAGAACGAACUAUUGGACCAAUUCCAAACCGUUAAAAUGCCACUUCCAUCUGCCAAUAAUUAUAAUAAAUAAUGUAUAAUAGUGUGAACGAUGCGUUAUAAAGAAAAAGUAAAUACGACGAUUUUUCUUUUAUUUAAUGUUUCAAUUUUUUUUUUGUUCUUCGUUUGAUUCUGUUCGCAGAAUUAUACGUAAAGUUAUUAUUAAUAUACGCGCAUACGUAAUUUAGCUCUUUUGGAUACUUGAGUUUAGGAACUUCGUUGGUAUUUCGCAUAUGUAUUCGACAAAUGAAUUGAAUUUUCGAAAUACAACUGAGAUUAUUUUAACGUG